AUGGAUUGGAUCUUGAUCUUCUUCUUGUCGGCCUACUUUCACAGCAUUUGUGCCAGUGAUGAAUUCUUUCGUAAGAAUUGCUAAAAUAAUAGAAAUUGAUGCAAUCCAUUCAGUUUGUUUUAGUUUUUACAAUAUUCCGUACCCUAAGCCAUUUUUUAUUCAAAAAUUUGAUUGCAUAACGGAUUGCGCAAUAGUUUACGGGAAGGGAAAGGGAACUAGGUCGCGAGAUCGGAUUAUAUUUGUAAACCGUCAAGUUUAUAGAUUUUAUAUAAAUAUUGAGCACGGACAAACAUUUUUCCGUAUGAUUAAAGCAUAUAAGCAUCGCGGAAACUUUAUUUUCAAAUUUUCUGCCCGCCAUGAUUAAUAUUACAAUGGGUAACGGAUGCGAAGAAAAGUUCGCUGAGAAUAACAACGAUAGUGAGACUUGUAUUUCGAUGGAACUGGAAGAUGAUAUCAAAGAGGACUGUCGCUUCUGCAGGUCCCUCGAUUGCGAUCUCAUCUUCUCCUCCGUGAUCGUUUUAAUUGUAGCCGGAAUGUUGAUAUUUAUUUUUGGCUUCUGGCUACACGGCGUUAUCGAAUACACAGAGUAAGCGUUGCAUUCCUCGUCAUCAUAUAAUUCUUGACGUCUUAAAUAAUCCGAUUUUACGCCUGCUCCUUUACCAAAAAAUAUUUAUCUCAUCAAAUCUUUGGAUCCACUUUUAGCAUUUACUGAAUGUGAUCAUGUCUUCGAUAAUACGGUAAACAAGGGUCAUUUCUCGCUGCCUAUCUUACCCAAAGAACUGCGAAAUACGAAAACGAGCUCACCGAAAUUGCCAAAUAAUAUUCAGGUGAAUAAAUGUGGAUAGCGUCACUCUUUGUGCUGUCUGUCUUGUGUUUUUGCUUGUAAUUCAUUGCGUACAGUAUUACAAAUGCUCUAUUUCAGUGUGUCUACACGUUUGUCGCGGGAAAGGGCCAACGAGUGAAGCUGGAGUUCACUCAAUUCCAGUUAGAUGGGACUGUAGACAACUGUGAUUUAGAAUAUAUAGACAUCUACUCGGAGCUCACAUCUCCGACCCAAGAUCUCCUUACUGGUCCACUGGCCUCUCGUUAUUGUGGUACCGUUUCCCCCCAUGUCCGGGUCAGGUAAGAAUGAUCCAUAUAUCUCUAACCUGACCUAUUCCUGUAGUCUGAAUAAUGUAAUUGUACUGGUAUUUCAUUCACGGGUUGGUCGGAAAAGAACGGAAGCAUUUCAAUUGAAGGGGAAGUACACUUUCAUAAAUGAGACCAAGUUUAUUCCUGGGAGUCGGCUAGGCGAACAUCCUUGCGCUUUUCUCAUCGAACCCACCAAACAGUAAGUGGCUGAUGAAUAAAAAUAAUUAAUUUUGUAGACGACGGGGUCAGAUUCUUUCUCCAACAUAUCCUGGAACCUAUCCGAGCGUAUGUUCCUACCUUUGAGCAUACAAUUUAUCUUCAUAAUUGUAGAAUUUUCACUGUUCAUACCUCUUGAAAGGAAACUCUGGUGACAGAAUUCGAUUAUUUUUCCGUGACUUUGACAUAUAUUUUGGUGGAGAGCAUUGUCCAUACGACGCCUUGACCGUAUACGAUGGACAUAACAACAAAGCGCCCAUAAUCAGAAAGGUCUGCGGUCUACAGCAGCGGCUGGAGAUGUUUUCUUUUGGCUCCGAGCUAUUCUUGGAGUUCAACUCCACCGACCCCGCUAAAAAUGACCCCAGGGGAUAUCUUAUAGAAUAUGAAUUCUCGGACAAAUUCGUGGAUGUAAAGCAAUUAUUGUCCGGUCAGCGUGGGGUAUCCUACCUCACCGGCUCGGAGUGCGAUGUCCGAGUUCAAAGUAAUCGAGAAACUGUUCACUACAUCCAAAGCCCCAAUGUAAGCUUGUUCGCAGCCUUGUAUUGUAUUGCGUACGGGGAGCGACAAUUGGGGAAACUGAAAAAUAAUAUUAUUCUUCUUGCAUGUAAAUUUCGAACUCAGGAUAAUCGAUGGCGUUUAAUGCAAAAAUCAUAAUCAUUUUUUGAAACUUCUUUUCUUAAGUAGUACUAAAAUGCAGUAAGCUAUAAAAAACAGUUUUUCGAAUUUUGUGGAAAAAGUUCGUUUAGAAAAUUACUACUUUACCGUACUGCUUAAGAAAAAAUAACGGUCAGAAAAAAUGAACGUCAUUUUCGAAAUCGGACCUCCAAUUCGUGUAUUUGUGACAAAAAUUCGAACAAUUGCUGUUUUACAGUACCAAAAAAAGUAGGAAUCAAAAAAUGAUUAUAAUUUUUGAAACCAACGCCAUCGAUUGCUCUAAUUUCGACACAUUUACUCUAUACAAGAAAAAAAUAUUUUUCAAUUUCCCCAAUUGUCUUUUUUCCCGAUUGACGACGUUCCUUCAGAUUGUGUGUUAUGUUUGUCAUAAGACUAUUCUAGUAUCCUCACCCUUACCCACCAAACACAACGUGCACGUACAUUCUGGACGGUCUGCAAGGAGAUCAGAAUCUUGAAAAAGUGAUCCUCAAAUUUGAAUCAUUCGCUGUUCUCAAUGAUGUUCAAGGCUCGAGGUAAGCCUGUACACAUUUGCUAUAAACCCGCGUAUUACAAAAAGAGUCAUAAGACACAAAAAUUAUUUCAUAAGACUUAUUUUAUUGCCCAAUAAUGCAAGGGCUUGUAAGGUGGAAGUUUUUUUAUGGGCUACAAUUGUACAGAAAAUUCGGCCUGACUUGAUCUUCUGUCGAAUUUGCAGGGAGGUGUCAUUGGAAAACGGCGAUGAAUGCUGGGCAUUUGUGGGUGUUGCUGGUCAGGAGAGCACCAUUAAAUCCGUUAUGGCCAACAACGAAGAGUCUGUUUAUGACGCCACAUUAUGUCAUCGUAUCCCCGCCGGGAGUCCCAAACUUGGCCCGUAUUCCAGCCAAGGGCCGAGGAUGGUGUUAGUGUUUGGAAGCAUGAAUGAGGUCCCCCCAAAUGUCCCUUUGCCCUUAGGGUUUAAAGCCAGAGUUGAAUUCAAAACCGACUUUGGAGUACCCGGAAGUCCUAUGGGAGGCUCAAAUGAAUGUCUAUUCCAAUUCACCGAGAAGAGAGGGCAUUUCAACAGUCCAAGAUACCCAGCCAAUGUAAGUGCAUUCCAUUAAACCAGAAACGGUUUAGUAUCCUCUGGACACUACUUGUACCUAUAUCAUAAAAGGAGAGCCUGGCGAACAGGUCUUACUGUAUUUUGAACAAUUUGCAUUAUUCGAAGAGCCCUCCAAAGAAGAAUGCAAUGAUUGGCUGGAAGUUUAUGAUGUCUCACGAGAUGGGAAUGAGACGGAAACCUCUCAGUUACAAGGUUUGCCUACUCUCAGUUUCAUAAAAUUGUUGUAGCCAAGCAUUGCUGGACGGUAAUCCCGGGUCCCACAACUUCAAGUUUCGGUUUUCAUGAGAUGAAAGUGGUCUUCAAUUCGAAUCAAUACGGGACCGCCAAUGGAUUCAUGGCCUUAUAUGAGAUCAGAAAGGCGUUUGCUGAACAAGUUCCGGCGAAGGACGGGGCAGACAAAGAUCAUUGUGGAGGUCUUAUUCAGGCAGACAGCGACCACACCAGUGGCUGGAUAACUUCACCCGGAUUCGGAGCCAAAUAUACAAAGGACCUGAUAUGUGAUUGGGAAAUCAAAGUCAGGCCGGACCAUCAAGUGAGUUCAGUUUUUUGGACUUAUUACAACUGUUUUAGUAAAUGUAAUAAUAAUUAUUGAACAAUUCUUUUUUAUUAUUAUUAGUCAUUAGUUACACUGGUACCACUUAUUUGUUUCAUUUGGUAUAAUUUAUUGAUGUUGUUGUAGGCCCUCUUACAACUUACUCAAAUGGAUGUGGAGGGGGAAAUGACUGACACCAAGGUAUCUUGUAAAAACGCUGUCAUUAAAGUACAUCGCGAUUACCUCAACCGAACUGCGGAUAUAAAUAUUUGUGGUACCAAUCCUGCCGUGAUUUCCCCGAUCAUAUCGAUUGGAAAUAGCAUUCGUAUCAGGUAAAUACUUAUGACUAUCUAUUCUUUAUUAAGAACGACUUAGUUUUUGUGAGUUCUGGGAAGAACAAAGUUGGAGUUUAAAAAAAAAAUGUCCUUACAAUAUUAGGAAAUUUCAAUUUCCGACGUUUAUAUUGGCCCUGCAUACCGGAGCAAAGAAUUUAUAGUUUUUUUUUAGUUUUCUAACUUCCCCUGACAAAGUAAAUGGACUUAAUGGAUUUAACUUCACAUGGACAGAGAUUCGGAUGGUGAAGCGUAAGUUUCAUUUCUGUACCGUAAAAUAAAACUUGCGAAAAAGCUAAACAGCAUAUUCUAGAGGACGGCGAAUGUAGUGGCGAAGGCUUAUAUCUAUGCAGUUACACUCGGUACUGCAUUGCUUCUCGUUUAAGAUGUAAUGGAGACGACAACUGCGGGCAAAAUGAUGACACAGACGAAGCUCAUUGUAAGUUAAAUGUAUCUUUGUUAAUAAGGCUGAUAUCUAUCGUCACAAGCUUACCCGUUGAUGAUUAAGACUUUUAUUCUCUCAUUUAAAAAUAAUAUUUUUUGUGAACCCGUAAUCUUGAAUCCUUUAUUGCUUUUUAACCAUUCAAAUUUAACAUAAUACUUUGUUUGCAUUAACAAUACUUUGUGUUCUUUUUUCUGGCCAUUUACCUGCCUCCGGACACCAUUCUAACCAGGCUCGAGAGUGCCCACUAUCCUUCAUCUGGAUGCUGCUAAUAAUUCUCGGUUCUCAGCUGCCGUAACUGCUAAUCUCAUUUCAUUUGGUUGGGUAAUUUAAGUUUGUUUAGUUUAUACUUUUCCAUGAUUACGGUAAUACCUGGUCUUUAGGUAAUAUACUGGAAAAGGCGGCUGAUUCGCAGACAUUGUUGGUGGCUGCCAUCAUGUCCGGCUUCAUCUUCUUGUUCAUCUUCGGCUUUUUUUGUCUUUUGUUCAAGAAGAAAUUGGAGAAAAAAACGGAUCGGAACACGACUACGAUGGAUCCCAAGGAGAGUGAGAGGGUUAAAAAGGAGAGUCAGAUCCAAGCAAUCAUUGUGAAACAAAGACAGCGACAUCCCUUCCGCCAGCAACAGCCCAAGAUCUCGCGAGUGUCCAGAAAUGGCAGUGAUAAUGGGUAAGCAUUGCAUUGCCUUUAUUUUGCUCGUGUUUACUGUAAGUCUCAAUGGAAUAACAAUGUUAUGUUGCAGGAUGUUGCCAACGCCGGCCCUCAGCCGAAUUAGGAGACAUGACGAGAUGACCGAGCUCAUAAUUCCGCCGAAUCAGAUGGCUUUAAAUGAGCACACUUUCUAUGGGUAA